AUGGGCUGUUGUGGGUCGAAUGCUCCUAUUGAAAUUGUAUCAGACGACGAAAGGAUUAUUUUCCUCAAGCAGCUCGAAAUGGGAUUGCAUACCUCUAAAGCUGUAAACCUUGUAAGUCAAUUCGCUGCUAAAGAAAACCAAGGUUUUAUCACUAUUGCAGGUCUAAAAGAAGUUUUAGCAUCGCUAAAAAUCGACUCCUCUUUUCUCUCCUUUCCUACAAACCCAUUCAACUCUUUUUAUAGGUCUAUUGGCAACAGUGAACAAAUCGACGCGAAAAAGCUGAAAAUUGUUUGUGUUCUUCUUGGACUCGGCUCUGAGGAGGAAAAAGUCUCACAGCUCUACAAAAUUUAUAUAGCUGACGAAAUGAAUAAGGUAGAGUCAGCUCAGCUUCCUGCAAUGGAUAUUGCGAAGUUUGAACUAAUGAUAAGAGAUGUUUUCGCAACUGCUAUUAAGAUGAUUUGGGUAGCUCAAGGAGAUGAUGAAGAAACAAUCAGUAAAAGCAGGCUUAGGAUUUACGAAACAAAAUUAGUGGCUUCUUUGUGGCUGGCGUUAGGGCUAGUUAAAAGAACGACAGUGAUGGCAGAAAGUAGUAUAAGCUUAGAAGAUCUAAAAACAAAAGCUAAAAACUUACCUGCAGGGCUAAAAACAUUGAUAGAUCCAUAUCAAAUUCGUCAAUUUUUACUCAAACAGUACAGGCCUUUUGACAUCAAAAACGCAGCUCAAAUCUUUGAGUCUAAAAUAAAAUCCAUUUUAGAUAAAAAUGAAGAAGAGUCUGAAGCAGUUGUCGCAGAUACUGCAAUUUUAUUAAACUCUGGUCAGCCAUCAGAAAAACCCAUUGAUCUUAAUAAACCAUUCACCUGUGACAGUGGCCAUGCUUUAGCCUGGGCAAAUGAUGUCCCAUUCCAUUAUAAAGAAAUCUCUGGAACUUGGAUGAUAUUUUGCAAUCUCUGUGGAAAAAAUUUUUCGACGGGCUGCUGGCAUUGCCGAGACUGCAAAUAUGACGUGUGUGAAGAAUGUGGAUUAGCAAAAAAUAUGACCCCGCCUAAGUUGCUGUGCUCUGAAUCAAAAGAGCUGCAAUGGAGAUGUGACGUAGUCUCAUACUAUUUAACCAAUUAUGGUUCCACUUCAUAUUCAUGUAACGAAUGCCAGGGGAUAGGUGAUGAUGCUCAUUGGCACUGCAGGACUUGCCUUUAUGACCUCUGCAGAAAAUGUGGGACUAAGCAUGGCUAUAAGUACCCGAGAUUGGAUAUGACAUGCAGAAAAAACCAUCGUUUGGCAAUUGAAAAUAAUAUAGUAGAGAUUUAUCAGACAAAAUAUGGCGGAUUUCCAAGAUGUGAUGAAUGCAGAGCACCUAUAAAUUCAGCUUGCCAACACUGCAAUGAAUGCGAUUAUGACUUGUGUGACUCCUGCUCUAGCUAUUAUAGCGGACCUAUUGGCCCUCAUCCAGGGUUUUUGUGUCCAGAAGAACACAUUUUGCAUUAUGCUGAUAGUUGCUCAUACUAUGAGUCUAUAGGUAAGCCAAAAUCCUUUAUGUGCAAUGGCUGCAAACUGACUAAAGCUGAAGAGUGUUUUCACUGCAGAAAAUGCUGCUUUGAUCUAUGUAAUGACUGCGCUGAUAGCUUAGCUCUUCAUCUGUCUUCGCCUUAUACAAAGAAAUGCGAGAAUGACCAUCUGCUGCGCUGGAACAAUAAAUCGUCGAAAAAUUAUUCAGGAGGUGCAUAUAGCUGCAAUGAGUGUGGAGAAAUAUUUUCAAAGGUCGGGUCAUUUAAUUGCGCUGAGUGCUCUUAUGAUAUUUGCAUUAGAGAUAUGAAUAAAUAG